UAUGUGCAUUUACACUGUAAAAAUUAUUUGAGCAUUUAUUUACAACAAACAGUUUUUACAGCUGAAAAUGAAUUAAGAAUAAAUUAAAUACAAAGUCUAAUUAAAUGUCAGAAGGGGAUAGAAUAGGCUGCAUCUCAUCCUCUUUCAGGAAAAUAAUUUCUUAGAAUAAAAUUUCAUUUCCUGCUGAACCAGGAAGUGACCUCAUUGUGGUUGGGUAAACGUUUGUUGAACACAAGGUUGCGUUCCUAUAGACACUAGGUGAGGUUAAUUAAACUUAUAUAUAUAUAUAUUUAUGUUUGUCACUGUUGUAACAAUCUGAAACAGAAAGGACAAACUGAGGAGAAGCUGAAAUGGAAGUUAGCACCAGAGCGCAACAGUUAGCUAGCUAGCUAGUUUUUUCAAGUGUUGCGUUCAGCUGCCACCAAGAGGACGGAUGUCAAAAUGGACACUGUGGUGUGAGAGGAAGGACUUGAACUUCAGAUAAGACCAAGCUGUGUUCAGACAUGACAUCCAGAGGAUGUCCGCAGAAUCGGGUCUGGACUUUCUGCGGAGGUUCCCUUUCUCACAUGGACACUGCAGCAGGAGAUUCUCCGGAAAGACGCGUUCACAACACAGAGAUCUCCGUAGUGUUCAGACACCUGCUCUGUCACUUCCUGUUGUCUCCCAGGCCAAUGUCUUGUUCAUCCUUCACUUGUGGUCCGUCGCCCUGAUGAAGGACAGGAUGACACAACGAUUUGAAACACUAACCUUGUCAGGACCAGUAGACCUCAUGGGGACCAAAGCUCAUGGUCCUAAUGAGGUUUAACCUAAUGUCUGGACUCCUGGUUAAGAUGUUGCAUCCAGCAGUGGGCCCGCUGUCACUCAACCCUCCUCCGACCAAUCAGAGCGAGUCCAGACUCCUCCCUCCCUCCCUCCUCAGGGGCUUGUGCAGAGGAGCACUGGGUUCUCCUUCUUCCUUCUGCUCCCUCUCUCUCUCAGUGUCCAUCUGAGCCUCUCUCCUUGUGAUCCCUCACAGUGCAGAGCUCUACAGUCAUGGAGAGAGGGGCAACGUUGGCCGUGUGUCUGCUGUGCUGGAGCUGCAGUGUGGUUUCAGCCAUCCAGAGGGCUGACAUGUUCCCUUAUGGCCUUUUAAGUGGGGACUCUAUUCUGACCGAGGGCGACGAUGAAACCUCCAGAGUUCUGACCCUGCCCAAACCCUUAUACUUCUACAACUCCCUCUUCACUCAGCUCUAUGUGGCCACCAAUGGAAUCAUAUCUGCCCAGGACUUGCCGAUGGAAAAGCAAUACGUUGACGACGGCUUCCCCACAGAUUUCCCUGUGGUGGCUCCGUUCCUGGCCGACAUCGACACCAGCGGAGGACGAGGACAAAUCUACUACCGGGUGACAGAGACACCCAGCGUGCUCAACAAAGUGGCCCAGGAAGUACACCGAGGGUUUCCAGAUGCAAAGUUCACUCCCACACACGCUGUGGUGGCAACAUGGGAGAACGUGGCGCCGUAUGAGGAGCAAACCCGAACCAAUGGUCCUUCCAACAAGGUCAAUACGUUCCAGGCAGUUAUCGGUUAUGAUGAGACAGACUCGUACGUUCUCUUCCUCUACCCUCAAGGGGGCCUGAACUUCUUCAGCACACGACCAAAGGAGUCCUAUAAUGUUGAGAUAGAGCUGCCUGCCAGAGUUGGAUUCAGCAGAGGAGAAGUUACAUUUUUAAUCUUUUCCCGAACGGAGGGACCUCACUACAGCGUGACAGGGGAUGAGCAGAGCGUCAAAAACCUUUACCAGGUCGGUAACACAGGAAUACCAGGUAUAUGGCUCUUCCACACUGGAAACCGUUACUCUUUCGACAACAUAGUUCCUGCGUCUGUCGGUGGCCUCCUUGCCACGCUGCCGACCGGAGGCCUCGUUCUGGACACCACCACCCCUGAGUACGGGGAGUUUGAGGGAUAUCCAUACAAUACGUUUGAGCCCGAUUACCCUCUGACAGGGGAGGACCCUGAAUUCCAUCCCGCCCCUGCUGGUGGCGAGCGCUCAGAGUCUCUUGGACCAGCGAGUCCUGACGCUCCCUCCUCUCCUUCACAAGACUAUGGCCGUCAGGGGUCGCAUGGCAGCCAACAUGUGCCGCUGCCCUCUGACCCCAGGUACAGUGUUGAGCCAGCAGAGAGGCAGUAUGUUCCCUAUGCUCCAGAGGCAGUGGAAGAGAGAGGCGCUCAGCAGACUCCAGAACAGCAACCACAGUUUCCUCUGGAGGUGGUGGACGUGUACCCGCCUCAAAGAAAUGAGCCACGUCUUUCCCCUGGAGGUCAUGUGGUCAGCGUGGACGAGGAGGAUGUUGAUUUUGACACAGGAGUGAUUCAAUACACCACAGAGAACAAAGAAACAUGUGCCAGAUUCCAGCAACAAUGCUCCCAGAAUGCAUUCUGCUCUGACUACGCCACAGGCUUCUGCUGUCACUGCCAGCCUGGCUUCUAUGGAAAUGGACGCCACUGUCUACCUGAGGGUGCUCCCCAGCGCGUCAGCGGUAAGGUGAGCGGCACCGUGACCGUGGGUUCGACUCCAGUGACACUGAAUAACAUUGAUCUGCAUGCGUACAUCGUGGUGGGAGAUGGGAGAGCGUACACCGCUAUCAGCGAGGUACCUGAGCCAGUGGGCUGGGCUCUGAUGCCAGUUGCACCAAUAGGAGAGCUCUUUGGAUGGCUGUUUGCUCUGGAGCUGCCCAACAGCCAAGCUGGGUUCAAGACUGCAGGUGCUGAGUUCACGCGGCGCGCUGAGAUAAUCUUUUACCCCGGCAACGAGCAUCUGUCAAUCCUUCAGACCGGCCGUGGCCUGGACGACCACAACCACCUCACUGUGGAUACUGUCGUCACCGGCAGCGUGCCCUUCCUCCCUCCUGGUUCCGAAGUUACCAUGGACCCCUUCAAGGAGACCUACCAGUACUACCCAUCCGUGGCCACCUCCUCGUCCGUGAGGGCGUUCUCGGUGGUCUCGGCCGAGCGAGGCUCGGAGUCUUUCUCCUUCCAGCUCAAACAAAACAUCUCCUACCGCGAUUGCACACAUGGCCACCGCGCCGCUGCCGUGGAGACGCUGCAGAUCACCAUGGAGAGGGUGUUUGUGAUGUACGUGAAGGAGGAGCGGAUCCUGAGAUACGCCAUCACCAACAAGAUCAGCCCGGUCGGAGCUGAGCCAACAGGAACAGAAGGGAUCAACCCCUGCUACGCCGGGAACCACGACUGUGACACCACAGCCCAGUGCAUCCCACAAGAGGGCCAGGCCUUCCAGUGCCAGUGUGCGACUGGUUACAGAGGGGACGGACGCAACUGUUAUGACAUAGAUGAGUGUGCCGAGGGCUUGAGUUCCUGCGGCGCUCACGCUCAGUGCAUGAACCUACCUGGUAGCCACCGCUGUCAGUGCCAGAGUGGCUACGAGUUUGGCUACGACGGCCGCACCUGUGUUGACGUGGACGAGUGCAGCUCCUCUCGCUGUCACGCCAACGCCAGAUGCAUCAAUGGACUGGGAUCUUUCCAGUGUCAGUGCCAGCCCGGCCUUUAUGGUGACGGCUUCUUCUGUUCCCCACAGGAAGGACAGACUGUCCGUCCGAGGAGCCAGUGUGAGCAGCACAGAGACAGUCUGCAGAGUGGAGUGGAUCUGAGUGGACAGCCAAGUGUCGGAGCCUUCAUCCCUCAGUGUGACUCUGACGGACGCUACCGACAAUUGCAGUGCCACGGCUCCACUGGACAUUGCUGGUGCGUGGACAUUAGGGGACAGGAGAGAGGAGGAACCAGGACUCCACCCGGUACGGCACCCAGAGACUGCAACAGACCAGAUGAACCAGAGCGUCCUCAAACUCACUGUGAGCACCACAGAGACGGUGUGCAGACCACCAGUCCAGAGGGUUACCCUUUAAUCGGAGUGUUUGUGCCUGAGUGUGAUGCUAAUGGCCAGUACACAUCUCAACAGUGCCACGGCUCCAGUGGACAUUGUUGGUGCGUGGACAGUAGGGGGCAGGAGAGAGCAGGAACCAGGACUCCACCUGGUUCCUCACCUGUCGACUGUGACCGACCAGUUGAACCAGAGCGUCCUAAAACUCACUGUGAGCAGCACAGAGACGGUGUCCAGACCACCAGUCCAGAGGGAUACCCUCUACUGGGAGUGUUUGUGCCUGAGUGUGAUGCUAAUGGACAGUACACAUCCCUGCAGUGCCAUGGCUCUAUUGGACAUUGUUGGUGUGUGGACAGUAGAGGACAGGAAAGACCGGGUACCAGGACAUCGCCUGGUGCGGCACCGACAGACUGUGACAGACCAGUUGAACCAGAGCGUCCUCAAACUCACUGUGAGCACCACAGAGACAGGGUUCAGACCACCAGUCCAGAGGGGUACCCCAUAGUUGGAGCUUAUGUACCUCAGUGUGAUGCCAAUGGUCACUACACACCACUGCAGUGCCAUGGCUCUACUGGUCACUGCUGGUGCGUGGACAAUAGGGGGCAGGAGAGAGGAGGAACCAGGACUUCAGCUGGUACACAACCUAAAGACUGUGACCAACCAGAUGAACCUAUGCGUCCGAAAACUCACUGUGAGCAGCACAGAGACGGAGUUCAGACCACCAGUCCAGAGGGGUACCCUGUCCUCGGAGCCUACGUCCCUCAGUGUGAUGCUAAUGGACAGUACACAUCUCAACAGUGCCAUGUUUCUACUGGUCACUGUUGGUGCGUGGACAACAGUGGGCAGGAGAGAACAGACACCAGGACUCCACCUGGAACACAACCUAAAGACUGUGACACACCAGAUGAGCCAGAGCUUCCUAAAACUCACUGUGAGCAGCACAGAGACAGUGUUCACACCACAAGUCCAGAGGGGUAUCCUCCACCAGGGGCCUACGUCCCUCAGUGCGAUGCUAAUGGAGAGUACGCACCACUGCAGUGCCAUAGCUCUACGGGUCACUGUUGGUGCGUGGACAUUAGGGGGCAGGAGAGAGGAGGUACCAGGACUCCACCUGGUACACAACCCAAAGACUGUGACCGACCAGACGAACCAGAGCGCCCGAAAACUCACUGUGAGCACCACCGAGAAAGAUCGCAGACCACCAGUCCAGAGGGGUAUCCCAUAGUCGGAGCUUACGUCCCUCAGUGUGACGCUAACGGACAGUACACACAGCUGCAGUGCCACGGCUCCUCUGGACAUUGUUGGUGCGUGGACAACAGGGGGCAGGAGAGAGAAGGAACCAGGACUCCACCUGGUUCAUCCCCUGUCGACUGUGACAAACCAGUUGAACCAGAGCGUCCUAAAACUCACUGCGAGCACCACAGAGACAGUGUCCAGACCACCAGUCCAGAGGGGUACCCCAUAGUCGGAGCCUACGCCCCUCAGUGUGAUGCCCAGGGACAGUUUCUACCUCAGCAGUGUCAUGGUUCCACUGGACAUUGUUGGUGCGUGGACAGUAGGGGGGAGGAGAGAGGAGGAACCAGGACCCCACCUGGUUCAUCACCUGUCGACUGUGACCGACCAGUGUCUGUUGCUCCGACCCAGCGUCCUGAGAGCGUGUGUGAACGAUGGAGGAUCAGUUUGAUCGAGCACUACGGUGGAAAACCAGACCCGAAACAAUACGUGCCUCAGUGCGAGUCCGAUGGACAAUUCAGCCCAGUCCAGUGCUAUGGGGAGACCACGUACUGCUGGUGUGUGGACCAGGACGGACGGGAGGUUCCUGGUACACGAUCGCACGACGUUGUCAAACCUGCCUCCCCUCAGUGGCCCCUCCCACCGUGCGGCCACUGCCCCGCCCGAACGUCACCCCCCCCGCCCAACGCCGAAGUCACGCUGCUGUACGCUCAGGGACAGAAGAUCGGGGCGCUGCCUCUCAAUGGGACCAAGCUCGAUGCCACUCGCUCCAAAACUCUGCUGACUCUGCAUGGCUCCAUAGUUGUCGGUCUGGCUUAUGACUGCAAAGACAACCAGGUCUUCUGGACGGAUUUGUCUGCAAGAACAAUCAACAGAGCUUCGGUGGUGCAGGGAGCCGAGCCGGAGAUUCUCAUUAACACCAACCUGGUCAGUCCAGAGGGUUUGGCCGUGGACGUCAAACGUAGACUGAUGUUCUGGGUGGACUCGACUCCUGACCUGAUCGAGAGCGCCAACCUGGACGGCAGCGGGAGGAAGACGCUGUUUGACAAAGACCUGGUCAACCCCCGGGCCAUCAUCGUGGUCUCUUCAACUGGAACUCUGUACUGGACCGACUGGAACCGAGAGGCUCCAAAGAUCGAGAGCGGGUCAGUGGACGGUCAGAACCGCCGGGUGGUGGUGUCCGAUGGGAUCGGUCUGCCCAACGCUCUCACAUACGACUACUCAUCUGGACAAGUCUGCUGGGCCGACGCAGGUACCAAGCGUUUAGAGUGCAUAUCUCCAGACGGCUCAGGACGCAGAGUGAUCCACUCCAACCUCAACUACCCCUUCAGCUUGGUUUACUACGGGAACCACUUCUUCUACUCCGACUGGAGGAGGGACGGUGUGAUCGCAGUGAGCAAGGAAAUCAGUCAGUUCACAGACGAGUAUCUGCCCGACCAGCGCUCACACCUCUACGGCAUCGCCAUCGCAACUAACGGCUGUCUAUCAGGGAGCCACUAACGACGGGCCGGCGGGCGCAGGACUCUUCUGGUGCUAAACUUCUGGGGGUGAUUCCUGAACACACCUCAGCUCUCCAGGUUCCCUCGGAGGAAAAGGGGAGAUGCGUCUUCCCGUUGGCAGAUUGAACGUCGGAGCAAAUUUACAACCCCCCCCCCCCCUCUCCACGUACCCCGACCCUAAAGAUAUAACCCCAAAAUAAGUGUUUUGUAAAUUUGUUUUAUACCUCAUUUUUAGUUUGUUAUUCUUCUACUGUAUUUUUUUACGUGACUUGUUUUGUUCCAUUGAUAAAAAGCUACACAACGAUGAAAUCGGAUUUGAAAUGUAUGAGUUUGUUCUGUUCUUCAGCGUCGGCUGCUGGUCACAGUGGAAACAGAUUCAAAAACUGUGUGAGAUUAUUGAAAAUUAGCUUUUUGCUAUCAAACUCAACAAAAAUAUAAACCAUGAGUGAGUGAAUCAUAUUCUAUAAUCUGAGUAAGUAAUAAUCUGUUUGCCAGGAUCAGAUCACGACACUCUGCACUACUUAUCUGUACUUAAAACCUUUUCUUGUGUUUUUACAAAAAUACUUUUACUACUUCCACUACAUUUGAAAUCUAUCUUGUGUGAUAUUUAUAACAAUAAAAAUGUGAUUUGGUGCUUGACGUUGUACUGUGAGGAUUUCAAACAGGAAGCUCAGGAGACAAAGUGCGUUCAGAUGGAUUUUACUUUUAUACAGCGUCAGUGAAAAACGUCUCAAAACAACAUUUACUUCCAACUGAAAAACAGGUUUUUGAUUAUUUCUGAGGUUAGCAUUGAUUUGUGGGCGGUUCCAGCAGCUAGAGGAGGAUCAGAAGGUUCGACCUACAGAAAUUAACCAUUGAACUCAGUGGGUUUUACACAGCGCGUCUUCGAGACAGCGUCUGAAAAGCGGUGGCUCCAAAUCCCCAAAAUAGAGAAAACAAA